GCUUAAGGGGAUGCAGACAAACACCAAAUCCGCUGAGCUUGGCUCUUGACGCUCUUGAUCAGCACGGGCUGAUGGAGGUAGUGCAUCACACACCCCAUAUACGACGAAAUGAUGACCCCCGGCAUAUGGGGGACAUCCAGUGGAGUGCGCCGGAACUGCUCCUGGAAGACUGCGACGAAAACAUCGACGUACACUCCUUUGGGGUGGUGCUGACGGAAUUGGACACGCGCGAGGUCCUGUUUGCCGCGGAAAUGGUGGCGAUGCCGCGCGCCGAAGAAAUGAUGAAGCUGUUCACACGUGGUGCGGCCGGCCAUGUCCGCUGAGUAUCUGGAACAUGACGUUUCCGUGCGCCCCACGAGUGAGCGCGCGCGUGCUGCUACGGCUGUGGACCCAUGUCGGAACUUACCCGACAAGGAAUUUCGCUACGUUAGGACCGCACGAGUAAGUUGAUGGAAGGACGACAUUUGAGUACAGUAACGUUGCUGCAAUUUGUUGCACGGUUUCAAAUCCGGAUAAUAAUCGUUACUAUUAAUACUUGAA